GGACAGUGCGCCUACCAAGCUCUCCUAACGGCAGAGUGUCGCCGCGCACCAUCGCAUCGUCAUGCGUCGUACCGCGCUGAUCGCCCCUCUACGGCCCGCGCGGCUCAUACCGCUUUUCUCUACUGUUUUCAUACUUACGGUUUUAUUGAAAUCUUCAACAGCAGCAAAGCAAUCUCAGCAAUAUCUAGUCUGUAAGGACAUCGAAACUGACGUAUGUUUAACAUGGCCAAAGGAUCACGAAGACGGUUUAAGAUUAAUUAGAUCAAUAUAUCCGGAUUUUGACUAUACACGUAAAUGUGGUUAUAGUCAGUUGCGAGUUAUUUCACCCCACCAAAGAUUCCUUACGGUGGCGCCUAUUGAUGAUGAAUCUGAAAACAUUAUCUUCUGCAAAAUAGAGAAAAUAAUCGAAAAACACCCAAAUGAUUGGACGUUAUCAAAAAUGGAAAAUAGUAUUCAUAGAACGCGGAGACAAACUCCUUAUUCCCUCAGAGGCCGGUACCGAGGACAAACGCAAUCUCAAUACUUAGCCAUAGAUCACGGUAGCGGUAAAGACGAUGGGAAAGCAGAAGCCCAUUCUGCUGCAGAUUCUUCUAGGGCAAGUGUCAGCGGAAGCAGUGGUAUGGGUCAAGCACAGAGUCAAACGAUGUAUGAUCCGAGUUGUGACAACUGUGUGGGGCGGGCCGAUUCAGACGUGGAAAGUUUAAAGCGCAGACCAUUCGACUCUCAAGGUGGUGGUUCUUCUGGUGCAACUCCUAUUGGGGGAUCUAAUUCACCCGGCACUGGAUCCUAUGGAAUCAACGCAGGAGGUAGGCCAAGUGCACAUGGAAAUUAUGGACCUAAUCAAGGCGGCAGACCUGGCGAAGGUACUUUGUACGGUCCUAACGGACCCAGUAGUGCAGGCUAUGGACCCAACGUAAAUGGUGGCAGUGGUAAUGGUGCAUUCAAACCAAAUACGGGGAUGGGUUCUGCGCCACCGGGAGCUUAUGGUGUGAAUCAAAAUGUACCCAGUGGAAGCGGAGGAUACGGCCCAAGUCAUGGAAUGCCUAGUGGAGGAGGUACAGACGGCAUUGCUCCAAAUCAAAAUGGAGGUUACGGGGGUAGUCAACCUGGUGUACCAGAAAUUAAUCGUGGGGAUUUCCCGUCAGGUUCAAGCGUUCACGGUGGCGCACCAGGUGGAAGUUUGGGUUAUUUACCACAUCAAGUAGGUGCAGAAAGAUAUCCUUCGAAUCAAAAUGGUAUACCACAUAGCACAGGCACUAGCAACCUUCAAGGUGGAUCUCCUGGAGGGAAUAGCUAUGGAACAAAUCAAGGAGGUGGCUACAGUCCCCCUAACCAACUCACUAUGCCAGGUUAUGGAUCCAGCAAUUAUGGACCUGGUCAACAUGUACUGUCUCCUAGUGGUAGUGAGGUUUAUGGACCGAACCAAAGUGGCUUACCCCGAGGCUCUGGUGGAAAAAACACAUUUGGGCCAGGCCAAAACAGUUUACAAAGUGGCAAUGGACCUUAUGGACCUAAUCAAAUAGGUGGAACAGGUGACAAUAGAGUAUACGAACCAUCGCAAAGUGGUUUGCCUUCUAAUGGUUACAUUCCUGGCCAACAGAGCACGUCACAAUUUAAACCCAGUCAAAUUGGACAAACACCAUCUCACGGGACUUAUGGUAGUUCAAAUUGGCCUUCAACAAGAGUAUUUUCAGGCCCUGAUGGAACAACAUAUUAUUGCUGUGUUGCCGGCCCUAACAACAAUCCUCAAUAUUAUAAGCUAGAUGGUAAUGGCUUACCUGUAGCUGGAACACAAACGAGUUCUCCAUACGAUACCACAGGGCAAGGUUCCGGGUCAGGUGUACCACAGUCUUUGCUUAGUCCUAAUGGACCUUAUUCAAAUAACAAACCGUUUGUGUCUGGAAGCGGUAGCUCAAUUGGACCAUAUGGAACAUAUGGAAGUGGCCCUAACCAGGGCAAUGCAUAUCCUGGGACAUACAACUCUGUAAGUCCUCGAGGACCUGAUAGCUUGCCACAAAGUGGUGGUCCAUAUACUCCAGGCAUUAGGGGGGAUCCCCUUGGUUCGGGAGGAACUGGGCAAUACGGCUCAAUUCCAUCAGGAGGUCAAAGUGGCAUGACUUCACCUGGUGAACAGGGAACGGGUAACUUACAAGGGCCAGGAAAUUUCCAGGGCCCAGGUGGCUCACAAGGGCAAGGAGGUUUACAGGGCCCAGGUGGUUUGCAAGGUCAAGGGAGUUUACAGGGUCAAGGAGGCUUACAAGGGCAAGGAGGCUUACAUGGUCCGGGCAGUUUACAGGGACAAGGAGGUUUACAGGGUCCGGGCGGUUUACAAGGGCAAGGUUUACAUGGCCCAGGGGGCUUACAAGGACAGGGAGGAUUACAGGGACCAGGUGGCUUACAAGGGCCAGGCGGAAUGCAUGGGCAAGGUGGUUUUCAAGGCCCAGGUAGUUAUACGGGGCCAGGAGGUCUUCAAGGCCAAGGUGGUGUACAAGGACCAGGACAAAUAUCGGGACAAGAUGGUAUGCAAAGACCAGGAGGAAUAUCAGGACAGGGUGGUGUGCAAGGACCAGGAGGAAUAUCGGGACAGGGUGGUGUACAAGGCCCAGGGGGAAUAAAUGGACAAAGCAGUAUACAGGGACCCGGAUCAGUAGGAAUACCGGGACAACGUGGUGUACAAGGACCAGCAGUUCUCCAGGGCCAAGGUGGUUUGCAAGUACCCGGAGCUCUAAUGAGCCCAGGUAGUCAACUACGUCCAGGAGCUCUACAAGGUCCGGGUGGUAUUCAAGGUCCUAUUGGUCAAUAUGGUACAUUAUCUCCUGGAGGUAGUAGCGGCAUACAAGGGCCGGGAGGCGAAAAUACUUUGCAGGGCCCUCAUGGUCAAUAUCACCCAGGAACAAUAAAUGGACCGAGCAGUUUGCAAGGACCUAGUGGAGGAAUAAAUUCAGGACAAAAUGGACUACAAGUCCCCGGUGGCAACUAUGGGUCAGGCCCGUUUACCGAUCAAAGAGGCACACAAGGAACAAAUGGACUAUAUGCUCCGGGGUCAUCUGGUGGUCAGAAUGUUUUACCUAAUCAAUACAUUCCUGGAUCCGUACAAACUGGCUAUGGUACACCAACUGGGACUUAUGGCUCAUAUGGACCAGGAACUGCAGACAGACAAAAUGGACAAUCCCUGUAUGGUCCUGGUCAAAAUAUCGGCUCAGGAGGUACCGUUCCUUAUGGCCAUGGUCAACAAGGUGAGUUGGCUAGUGGCCAGAGCGGAGUCCCGAAUCAAUAUGGAACAGGACAAGGUGCUCAAGGCCCACAGUAUGGAAAUGGUAUGACUGGUGCAGGUCAAUAUGGCAACGGAUACUAUGGAUACAAUAAGAAUGGGAAUACGGAUCAAAACGUCGACUAUGCAGGAAUACCACAAAAUGUAAUCGACCCUAAUUCGAUAGGAGGCCCUAUAGACGGAGAUGAUUCAGAAGCAGAAGCAAGUGUUUCUCAAGCUGCCAAUGGCACUAUAGCUACCGCAUCUUCAAAAGGCGGAAAUGAUAAGGGUCGUGCUCAAACUCAUGUUCAUGGUGCCUAUACUGACAGCGGAUCAUUUUCAGCACAGGCUGAAAUCAGUGGUGAAAAUAAAGCAGCUAACAGUGAAGUAACUGGUAACAAAAAAGGUGCAUCCAGUAAUGCACAAGGUAGUGGCAGAAAUAAUAAAUCACAAGCCAACGUUCAAUUAGGAUCUGAAACAGGGUCAGUACUAACAGGGUCUCAAAGUCAAGGUACUUUGCAUUCGUCUAACACUCAAGUGCAAGGUAGUGUCAAAGGAGGCAUGGCGGACGCUCAAGCUCGUGGACCUGGCAGUACUUCCUCGCAAGCACAGAUAGGUUUCACACCAUAUAAAGAAGGAGACAAAUCACACGACUUACAAAAUGCUCCUUUCAUAGGAGGAGGAACGGCUUCGGCUCAGUCAAGUGGCCGCACUGGCUCAUCCCAAUCACAGCUCCGUGGCACUUUCAAAUAUGGCAUAACGUACAAUGGAGGCGCCCAAGCCGGUGCUAGUUUGGAUAAAGACACAGUAUUUCCAAAUAGAUUACCUUUCGAUAAAAUCGAUGUUUAUGAUGAAAGCAAUAAAAAUAUAAACGUGGUGAGUGAAAAUACUGAAAAAUCUGUGGAAUCUGUCACUGAAAACUAUCCAUAUUCAGAGAGUCCACCAGUGACCGAAAAUAUUAUACCUGUAAAUCAAGCGGACAUAAUUCCAUCUACUGAUCUUCCCUUCGACGCAAAAAUGAGCACAGAAAGAACAGAUGAUAUAUCCAGGGAUUCUGAAAUUGAGUAUGGUAUUCAUACCCACUCUGAUCAUCAUAAAACCGACAUUGAACCAUCAAUGCCCACACGAGCGCCUCCGGUAGAAAGCAGACGAUCAUUCCACUCGACAUAUAGCACUAACAGCGGUGAUUAUGAAUACACUACGGACAAGGAUGAUAAUCCACCGGAUGAUUAUGACGUAGAUGAUGGAUUCGGACCUGAAGGUCCUGAUGCCACUGAUGUCGAGCAGGGUGAAUAUUCUACUUAUAAUGAAUUUUCUAGAGAUGCGGAACCAACACACCAAAAUCUCAAUAGUCCUAGGCGAAAGGGAUUGGAAGUGCGACAAACAACAGGAGGAAAUACACAACACAUCGUGUUAGGGUCGUUGAACAAUCACGAUGCAGAAAUAACGCAAAGAAAUUCUGAACGUCCCGAUGAAAGUAGAGUGUAUCAGCCCGGUGAACGUGUGCCUGGAACCGGUGGUUAUACCAUACCUGUUGGUUUUACAGGUAGUGUGAAAUCUGUUGCUUCCAAGGACAAAACAUACGUAGUUGGAUCUAAAGAUUCUCCAUCACAGGCGCAAACAGUAUCUCUCACUCCUGGUCGUGGUAAAGUGAAAUAUACAUAUCCUGCAAACUAUGCCAGAAAUAUUAACCCUAAAAAUCUCCGAUCCUUGUAUCAGCCAAAGCCGGACGACAGUAAUCGAUACGUAUCGGUAUCCAAGUCAGUAACGCGCGACUUGGAUGCUGAAGACCACAUCCGGAAACAAUAUUCACAUACAUAUUAUACUAAAUCUUCAUCAUGUGGAUACUUCACCUUUACUUGUACAAUGGUUAGUGGGGCCGAAGGCAGAAAAAAGGUUUGUAAACCUAAAAUACCAACGAACCCUGACGGAACUCCCAUGAGGUGUUGAAAUAGAUAAUGAAUAAAUGUAAUUAAUUCUAUAUAGAUUGUCAAUAUAAUAUACUUGUAUAAUGAAGGUUACCACAUCGACAAUUUAAUUUUAAAUGAAAUAGCAAUUAUAUUUGGGAUUUGCAAAUAAAAAA